AUGACUAGAGGAUAUUCAUUAGAACAAGAUUUAGGAUUAAUAAUAAAUAAUCCAAAAUAUAGCGAUUUAGAAAUUUUAUGUGAAGAUGAAAAGAAAUUAUAUGCUUGUAGAGCAAUCUUAGCAGCAAGGUCCGAAGUAUUUGAUAGAUUACUUUAUAAUGGAAUGAAGGAAAGUUAUGAAAACAAAAUUUCUUUUCCGACGAUUAGUUCUGCUGGAAUGGAAAUAAUAUUGGAAUAUAUUUAUACUGGUUCAAUCAAAAAUUAUUUAUUAACAAAAGAUAAUAUAAUUGAAUCAUAUUAUGCAGCAGAUUAUUUUCAUUUAUCAGACCUUCAGUAUUUUAUAAUGAAAACCAUUAAGAAUAUUUCUAAAAAAAAUUAUAAAGAAAACUAUUCACCAGAAUUAUUAUCUAAAGUUGUGGAAAUUAUGCCUUUAUCAGAAGAUAAUAUUCUUCUUAACUUAUUGGUUGAAACUGUUGCAACUAUUCCAUUAAAUACUAUUGAAUUUGACCGUUUAUCUAUUACAGCAUUACAAUAUCUUUUAUCGUGUACAUAUGAAAAAGAAAUGACGUUUGCUACUUCAGAAUAUGAAGUUUUUCGUUAUAGUGCUAUUCUUGCAGCAAAGCGAGUUUCUGGAAUUAUUCCAGCCAAAGUGAUUUUAAGUGUUUAUCGACUUAAAGCAUUGUCGGAUAAUUUAGAAUUAAGUGAUGUUCGAGGAAGAUCGAUUUAUAAAUUUAACUAUGUUUGGGAUGAGUCAGCAUGUGGUUCAAAUCUUAUUAUUGAGGAUAAUGGACAAAUUGUACAAGCAGCAAAUAAUUGUGAUGUACAUCAAAAUGUUGGAGCUAAAAUAGCAUUAGAAAAUAAAGGUAUUUUUGAAUGGGAUAUUAUUAUUGAGAAAACUUGUGAUUAUGCUUGGAUUGGAGUAUGUGCAUCAGAAAAUUUUAGUUAUGAAACCUUUGCAGGAGCUCAACUUACUGGAUGGGUAUUGGGUUCUGGUGGUUAUUUUUGUAAUCCUAAAAACAGUGUAUAUUAUUGUCCUUCAUUUCACAAAGAUGGUACAAGAAUUACAGUUCAUUUAGAUAUGAAUAAAAGAACUUGUGCUUUUACGAUCAAUGGUACAAAGUGUCGAGAGGUAUCAGAAUGGAAGAAUCUUGCUUCAAAUCUUUAUCCGGUAGUAUCAUUAAAAUAUCCUGGUCGCUUUCGAAUUCAACCUCAUCGAAAAAAUUAG